AUGGAACCUAAAGGCAACCCUAACGUCCCCGGCGACCGCAAGAUCAACAAAAAGACCGCCACCUCCUCCGCGACUGUGAAACCAAACUGCAAGUCCCCUACCUCUUCUCCGAUUAUUUCAUCUGCCCUUUUGAUGAAAUCAAAAGCCGAAACCGCUCUCAUUCAUGAAGAGCAGGGGUCGUAUAGACCUCUCAUUCAUGCCGAAAACCCGAAUGUGUUUAAAGCUUCUAACGGACAUGAGAGAUACAAUAGGUCUACUCGCUUCUACAUUGGGUUACAUUCUUCAGAUUCUUUUUCAAGAGCUGUAUUGCUUACAGAUGGUGUGUUUUGGUUCAUCAUCUACCCUUUUCUCACUUCCAAAGAAUUCAAUCUAGAUUUUUUCAUUGUAAUAAAGCAUUCAGUCAACGCUGUUUUCCUCCUCGGUGAAACAUUCUUGAACUCUUUGGUAUGCCGCUGUUGGGUUGAUGCACGUACCAUGCUUUGGAGUCUUUGCUUUGAUCGUGAAAUUGAAGUACAUGUGGUUCUCUAA